AUGGCUACAAGAACAUCACCGUUCGAUCUUUCCAAAUGCGCGCGGCCAAAUAUCCUGAAAUUGCAGCCUUACCGCUGCGCAAGAGAUGACUACAAAGAUGACGGGACAAACAUCUUGCUCGAUGCGAACGAAAAUGCAUACGGCCCUGGACUUGCUCUGGACUCCGAAGGCGCCCUAGCGGAAUCUACGGUGACUGGAGAUUCCACGGGGUCUUCAAAGCCAGACAUUGAUUUCCUGGGACUGAAUAGAUACCCUGACCCACACCAGGUUGAACUGAAGAAGCUGUUUUGCAAGGUCCGCAAUACCCACGUCCACACUCCGAAGGAGUUGGGCCCGGAGAACAUGUUUGUUGGUGUCGGAUCCGACGAGGCCAUCGAUGCCCUUUUGAGAUGCUUUUGCGUCCCCGGAAAGGAUAAGAUUCUCACAUGCCCUCCCACCUAUGGCAUGUAUGCAGUCAGCGCCGAUGUCAACGACGUCGAGAUUGUGAAGGUGCCUCUGGACGUCAACAAUGGAUUCCAACUGCAGCCAGAUCUGAUCAGCGAAAAAUUAUCAGCGGACUCUGCGAUAAAGUUGGUGUACAUCUGCUCGCCUGGCAACCCCACGGCGAACUUGAUCAAGAAGGAGGAUAUCCAGAAGGUGCUGGAGCACCCCACAUGGAACGGAGUGGUGGUGGUGGACGAGGCAUACAUUGACUUUGCACCCGAAGGGUCCAGUCUGGCCGAGUGGGUGAAUGAAUGGCCAAAUUUGGUGGUCAUGCAGACGCUGAGCAAGGCUUUUGGACUUGCGGGUAUCCGUCUCGGAGUUGCGUUCGCGAGUCCGGAGAUUGCUCGGCUGCUGAACAGCCUCAAGGCCCCCUACAACAUCUCCAGCCCGACGAGCGCGAUCGCGACCGCCGCAUUGGCACCCAAGAACAUGGCCGUCAUGCGCCAGUACCGGGAACAGAUCAUCGCUCAGCGCGACCGGAUGGUACAAGAGCUCCCCCAGAUCCCCGGUGUGGGCCGCCUGCUCGGCGGACAGGCAUCCAAUUUCCUUCUCGUGGAGAUGCUGGAUAAGCCCGCCAGCGUAGGGGGGAAGCCCAGCAAUGUCGUCGCCCUGGCCGCCUACGAGGCCAUGGCGGAGAAGCGCGGUGUCGUGGUGCGGUUCCGAGGCAAGGAGCUCGGAUGCGAGGGCUGCCUGCGCAUCACAGUCGGAACCGAGGCGGAGGUCACCCGGUUCCUGCAGGAGCUGCGCGAUGUGCUUGACAGGAUCCUGAAAGGCAUGGAAAUCCCAUCGGUCCAAGACGAGUUGAACAAGGAGAACGAAGCUAGUCAAGUUGUUGCCUGA